CAAGAUUCUGUAGCCCCAACUGCAACAGGCUCUCAGGCAGCUGUUCUUUUGUUUGUUUGCUUGCUUCCUCACAAGCCACAGUGAGGUGGACAAGGCAGAGAGGGGGGCAGGAUUGUAAAGUGCAGGUUCUGUUCUGUGCACAGGGUCGGGCUUAAAAGGUCUGGGGCCUAGCAGGUCAGCUAGCAUCAUGACCACCAUGGGUGAAGAGGACCUGAGUGAAUAUUUUCGUAUGCAGUAUGGAGAGAAGUUGCUGAAACUGCUGAUGAAGUUCCCAGUAUCAGAGGAGCAGUCCCCAUCUCCUUCCAUCCGGUUGCUGGAGAAGAAAAAAGAGGCCAAACUGGUGCAUCAGGCCAUGGAGGCUCAAAAGGAGGCAUUUAAGACUAGGAUGGAAUCCCUGAAUAACCGGUGGGAGGAACUUGGUGCAAAAGAGGUCCAGCUAAAAGCAUAUAUCCGGAAAUUUGAGCAGUUCAUACAGGAAAAUGACCAGAAACGGAUCAGAGCCCUGAAGAAGGCCAACAAGGAGAGGGAACUGAAGAAGCAGAGAGUGAAGGAACUGGCCAAGGCAAAACUGGAGAUGGCUGCCCUGAAGCAGCAACACCAGAAGCUCUACAACAAGCUACAGCAAUACUCCAUCUUCAACAAAUACUUGGAAAAGGUGGUUCAAGUGUCAGAGUUUGAGGAGAUUCGGGAAGUAAUUGGUCGCUAUAAGACACUAGUGGGGAUGCACCGGGAUCUCGUGCAGUCAGCGCAGGAGGGUAUGGAGAUGAUUGAACAAGCAAAGGUCCGGCUGGCUCGCUACAAGGAAGAAAAAGAUGAUGACAUUCUGCAGCACAAUAAUGAGCUGGCACGCCUGCAGCUGCGUUUUGAUCAUGCCCGCAGUGAUGUCAUUGUUUGGGAGUCACGUUGGGCCCAUAUCCAGAAUACUGCUGCUAAGAAAACCCUGAUGCUAGGUACCAUCAAGAUGGCCACCCUGAACCUCUUCCAGAGUGUAAGCAAGCAGAUGAAGGAAGCGUUAAUGGUGCCUUUGGAAGAUACUCAUAAGCAACUGGAUAUGAUCCAGCAGUUUAUCCAAGAUCUUUCAGACAUCUGGGCAGAAGUGAAGAAGAAAGAGCAGAACCGAUCUCAAAUAGCUGUGCCUAGAGAAUAGGAAGAUGGACCAUCCAGUACAGUACUUCCCACUAUGCUUCUUCUCAGCUCACCCCCUCAGCUGCCCUUGUCUGGCCUCUCCGAGAACGGAUGCCUCAUUACUGUCCAGUGAUUUCUUCCCUGCUUCCAUCCUUCACAUCCUGUUCCUUUGAAGAACCCAGAUCUAUAUUAUAUAAAGCAUGCAUUUUAGUUAAAAUAGCUAAAUGACUUGGUCCAUCAGCUGUUUCCAGCUAGUCCACAAGGGAAAUGAGCCCUGUGCCAUGUGCCCAGUCCAAACAACUUGAUGGUGAAUGCUUUGGAGCUAAGAGACGAGAGGAGGGUCAGGCUGAAGAGAUGGAAAAUGAAGACUACUGUUCAAGCAUUCUUGUUGGUACCUUUUCAAAACUGUGCAUAUUUUUAAAUUCACAAUCUGUUUGAGAAAGAAGAAUAAAAUAAGCCCAUUGCCCUAUGUUUCCCACUGCAUGGAA